UAACGCCUUCCAGCCGUGGAGAGCGACGAAAACGAGUGCGAGGCGGGCGCUGAAAAACGGUUAUCACAGUUGCGUUCUCUCGCUCUUCGCAACAAGUCGUGGGUGUCGGAUUAGCGGUAAAUUCGUAGAUUUCCCAGUGGAAAUUCGGCACGCUUGAAAGUGAAAACAACAAACGCACACACGCACACGCCUCAGCAGCAUCGAAUAAAUACAAAGUAAACCCGAGAACGUCAAAAUCAAAGUGUAUUUCAAAAAAUAAAAUAAAAAAUCAGAAGGAGAAACAAAAUUGUGCCAAAAACCAAGAAAAAUAAUCAAAAUAAAAUUCAAAUCAAAUAGAAAUCUUAACAAAAAAAAAAAAACAAAUGGUAUAUUCGCCAAACCGAGCAUAAAGUGUAAGAAAUAAUAGUGAACUACCCUUGUUGUUUGGCCAACCCCCUGCAAGUACACGCAGAGAAAUAGUUGGGUGCAAACACACACGGCUGAGGAGUCAACAUCAUUUGCGACGCCACUGUGAACAUAAAAAGCCGUCAAACUGUGGGGCUCAGGGGCAUUUUUCCUUCCUCCGCAAGGAAUGUAUUAUCCGCACAUGGUGCAGGCGGGCGUGGCGCCUUUUCCGGGCGCUCCGGCCGGCUAUGCCGCCGCUCCGAAUCCUGGAGCAGCGGUUGUUGCCGCAGCGGCCGCCGCCCAACAGCAGCAGCAGCAGCAACAACAACAGCAGCAGCAGCAGCAGGCCCAGCAGCAACAGCAACAACAGGUGGCCGGCGGACAACCCAACGCCGCGGACAGUUUGUCCAUGGCAGUGGCAGCGGCAGCGGCCAAACAGUCUGCUGAUCCAGUGACCCAAAUGAAAUCGGCCAGCGAGGCAGCCGCAGGAUCUGGCAGCAGCAAUAACAACAACACAGCUGGGGCGGGAGCAGGAGCAGGAGCGCCAGGAACCGCCGGAGGAUUGACCACAGAAUAUUCAAGUGGCGGCUGUGGGGGCGGCGGCGCAUCAACGGCCAAUUCGGUGGUGGUGGCCACCAGUGUUUCCGACGUUGUCAAUGCCUCGCUGUACAUGCAACAGAAGACAAAUCUGUCAACACAAACACAGACACAGUACGAGUACGAGUACGAGUACAAUGGAACCAGCCUCGCAGAACCAAGAGUCCCAGGUCCCAUUCCGCAUCCUCUGACAAAUGGACAUGCCGUGGACCAAGUGCAGCAGCCACCAGAACACCAGCAGCAUCUGCAAUCAUCGCUGCCCCCACCAAAUGUGCUCAGCAUAUCCACAGUAUUGAUCGCCAAUGAGGCAGCAGAAUCACAACAGAGCUCCGCCAUGCCCAAUUCUGGAGGCGGUGGCAAUACCGGCGGCGGUGGCGGCGGCGGAGGAGGCGGCGGCACGCCCAGUUCACCGCUCAGCAACUCCCCGUCCAGCGCAACAGCCUCGCAGGCGGGCGGCUGCGGACUAACCCUCAAUGGCAGCGCCACCGAGGGCAGCAUGUCCGGUGAUACAUCGCCGGUGGCCAGUGGUGAACCGCUCCUGCAGACGCCGCCCGCCCUCCAACAGCAGCAACAACAGCAGCAGCAGCAACAACAGCAGCAACAGCAGCAGCAGCAACAGCAACCGCUCCUGUGCAGCAGUCCCACAUCGAUGCAAUCGGCAGGCACCUCAGUGACGGGCAGCUCGAUAGCUUCCGGCACAUUGGCGGCCACCAGCAGCAGUGGCGUUGGCCUCUUGCCCACCACCGGAUUGGAUAGCAUUGCCAAUGGUGGCGCACCAGCAGGUUGUGCCGUUGUGCCGGCCAGCACAUCGCAGGUGAUCGCCCACCUGAAUGCAGCAGCCGCCGCGGCCAGCGGCAUCAUGUCGCCCACCGCCAAUGUGGCAACUAGUCUCAGCAGCGCCCUAGUCCCGGCCCAAUCGGUGGCCGCCGUUGCAGCUGCCGCCUCCCUCGAUGCCAAAAGUCAGCCAAAGCGGCUGCACGUCUCCAACAUACCGUUCCGCUUCCGGGAUCCCGAUCUGAGAGCCAUGUUUGGGCAAUUUGGCACCAUUCUCGACGUGGAAAUCAUCUUCAACGAGCGCGGCAGCAAGGGAUUCGGUUUUGUAACAUUCGCUAACAGCAACGAUGCAGAACGAGCACGCGAACGUCUACACGGCACCGUGGUUGAGGGACGCAAAAUCGAGGUGAAUAACGCCACUGCACGUGUACAAACCAAAAAAGUGACAGCAGUACCCAACGUUGUACUGACCAAAGAUGGUGCCAUACCGGCCCCAGCUCUAGUUUGCGUACAAUGGCCAGAAGCCGCCGUUGCCGCCGCAAUGCGUGGAGUGGCCAUCCAGCGCGGACACGUGGGCGUGGUCGGCGCCACACCCUACCAUCAUCCCCAUCAUCCGCAUCAUCAUCCGGCGCUGCUGGCGGCCUCCGCCGCCGCCGCCCAACAACAGCAGCAACGCCAGCUGGCCGCCGCCGCCGUGGCCACGGCAGCAGUCGCCCAACAGCAGCAGCAGCAGCAGCAGGCUGUUGUCCAGCAGCAACAGCAGCAGGUUGCUGCCGCCGCCCAGCAGCAACACCACCAGCAGCAGCAGCAGCAACAACAGCAGGCCGUGCAGCAGCAACAGGCGGUCCAGCAGCAGCAGCAACAGCAGCAACAUCAACAGCAGCAGCAGCAGCAACAACAGCAACAUGCCGCCGUAGCAGCCGCCGCAGCUGCCGCCUCGCAUCCGCACAUGCAUGCCGCCCACGCCCAUGCCCACGCCCACGCUCACGCCCUCGGCCCACAGUUGGCGCAACUGCAAGCGGUCGCGGUGCCCACGGCCGCCAGCAAUGCUGCUGCACUGCAGCAAUCCCUAGCCGCUGCCAUACAGAAUCCGAGCGGUAAUCCGAACGCUGCUGCCGCCGCCGCCGCCUAUGCCGCCCGUCUAUCGGCGGCCACGGGCGCCACACAAUCGCCGCAAACAGCCGCUGCUGCUGCGGCUGCUGCUUCCAUGGCUGCGUCGGCCAAUGCGGCCAACAAUGCGGCCGCUUUGCAUGGAUUCGCGCCUGUAUACUAUGAUCCCUUCUUAGCAGCCGCUGCUUCCGCUGAUCCAAAUCUACGCUUCCAGGCAGCCAAACCGGUCACUGAAGUUCCAGCCGCUCAGCCAGCCGCCAUAUUAAAUGCCACUGCUCCGCUGCUAAAGACUCCGCUGUCUCAGGCCCAGCAGCAGGCGUACGCCACGGCGGCCACCACCUACACGGCGGUAGCCGCCCGGGCCGCCUAUGGUGCCGCUGCCGCAGCAGCCGCCCAGCCGGCACUCGCCGGCUACGCCACCGUGGCUGGAUAUGCGCGCGAAUAUGCAGAUCCUUAUCUAGGACAUGGCAUUGGACCGGUUCCUGGAUACGGGGCAACCAUGUACCGCGGUGGAUUCAAUCGUUUCACGCCAUAUUAAGAACAAUCUACGCCAGUCAGCCAAAAAACGCACUUGAACUACUCUCGAUGAAAAUGCUCAAUAUCUGAACAAAGCAAAGCAAAU